CGGAUUAUGAAAAUGCACCAGUUGACAUUAACGACAUUCAAAAUGAAACAAUUUGGAGUGAUUUAUCUUUUAUCUGCGUUGUAUUUAAACGUUGUUUUUGGAGAGAAAAAUUGCGAUGACCUUGGCUUAAAUUUCUAUAGAUCUAUUGGAUGUAAAGAAUCAGGAAAAGAAAAUGGUUGUCCUUCUUACGAUGGUUGUCAAUACAGUCAACCCAUUGGACAUUGUACUUAUCAAGGACAAAAAAUCGAUAAGGGUCAAGCCGUUAAGGACGUUGUAAAAGAUUCAAGUUGUAGUUUUGGAUGUAUUUGUACAGCAGCUGAUGGUGAAAAGGGAUCAUUUCUCUGCGCUCAAGGUCAUUGUGGAAUUGAUGAAUCCAUUUUAUUUGGAAAAAGUCCAAAUUGUUUCUUAAGAUAUUCUUUAGAUCAAUGUUGUCCAAAUUCAGAACCGGAAUGUGCAGAAGAAUCCCCAGCUACAUGUAAAGUAGGAAAUGAAGAAUUUAAAGAAGGAAAAUUAUUUAGUCCAAAAGAUAAAUGCAUAACAUGCCUUUGUACAAAAGAUUUCGAUGGAAAACUUGACGGACCAAAUUGCCAACCAACUCCAUGCGAUGUCGAAGUGAGACACUCACAAGAUAUCGAAAAGAAUUGUGCUCCAUUAUAUUUCAUAAACCCGAAAAAAUCGGAAGCUUUAUGCUGUCCAGUUACUUUUGUUUGCCGUAAGUAAAUAUGAGAAGAUUUUAAUUUUGUUAUGAUAUAU